AUGUGUCUCUCCUGUCCCUUCCCUGUCUUCCCUGUCCCUCACCUGCCCAGGUACGCCGUGUACCGCACCCCUCGCUGGCCGCAGUUCCGCACCCCUGGGUACGCCGCGUACCGCACCCCUCGCUGGCCGCAGUUCCGCACCCCUGGGUACGCCGCGUACCGCACCCCGUGCUGGCCGCAGUUCCGCACCCCUGGGUACGCUGCGUACCGCACCCCUCGCUGGCCACAGUUCCGCACCCCUGGGUACGCCGUGUACCGCACCCCUCGCUGGCCACAGUUCCGCACCCCUGGGUACGCGGCGUACCGCACCCCUCGCUGGCCACAGUUCCGCACCCCUGGCCCCCCCAUCCCUUCCCUGUCUCACCUGUCCCUUCCCUGUCUCCCCUGUCCCACCUGCCCAGGUACGCCGCGUACCGCACCCCCUCGCUGGCCGCAGUUCCGCACCCAGUACGUGCGGCGCCGCUCGCAGCUGCUGCGGGAGCGGGCCCAGGGGGGGCACCUGGGGGGCGACGCCCGGCGCUGGUACCUGCGGGUGCGCGCCCGGCUCCUGGCACAGCGCUACGGGGCCCUGUCCGAGCCCGGCAGCUGCAGGAGCGCCCUGAGAGCCUCCAGGACCACCCUGGACCGCAUGGAGGAUUUCGAGGAGGACCCCCGGGGGUCUCGGGGGCACCGGCGCUCCCUGAGCCGCGGCUCCGGCCCGGGGGGGCUGCGGGGGGGCCCCGACGAGCGCCCCCCCGGGGUGGUGCCCACCCCCCUGGCCGAGGCGAGCCGGGCCAUGGCGGGGGACACGACCCUGAGCGAGAAUUACGCCUUCGCCGGGGUCUUCCACGUCUUCGACCAGCACCAGGACAGCGCCGUGCGGAAGGUGCAGUUCGCUCACGACGAGCGGCACCUCCUCGCCUGCUGCUCCCUGGACGGGACUCUCUCCGUUUGCCGCCUGGCGCCGGGACCCCCGGCCGUGCUGCGGCGCCUGCGGGGCCACGGCGGGGGGGUCUCGGACCUGGCCUGGUCCCUCUCCAACGACGUGCUCGUGUCCGCGUCCCUCGACGGGACCCUCCGGCUCUGGGACCCCUCGGACGGGCGCUGCAUCCGCAGGGUGCCCGACCCCGACGGGGCCGCGCUGCUGUGCUGCGCCUUCCAGCCCCUCAACAACAACCUCACCGUGGUGGGCAGCGCCCGGCACAUGGUGCGGGUGGUGAACAUCUCCACGGGGAAGGCGGCGCGGGGGGGCACCGGGCGCCUCCCCGGGAGGGUCCUCGCGCUCUGCUUCGACGCCCCCGGGAGAGUCCUGUGGGCGGGGGACGAUCGGGGGUCCGUGUCCUCCUUCCUCUGCGACCCCGGCACCGGCCGACUCACCAAGGCCUCCCGGGUGCUGGUCCAGGCCGGCGGGUCCAUCACGUCGCUCUCGGCCCGGGCCUGGGCGAGCCGGGAGGCGCCGGACCCGUCCCUGCUCGUCAACGCCUGCCCCGACCGGCUCCUGCUCUUCCGGGUGGUGGAAGACGAGGGGGGCUCGGGGGCUCCGGGGCUGCGGCUCCGCCGGAGUUUCCCGACGCGGCACCGGGAGCAGCCCCUGAGGAGCUGCUUCUGCCCCCUCAUGUCCUUCCGCCAGGGAGCCUGUGUGGUGACGGGCAGCGAGGACGCCUCCGUCCACUUCUUCGACGUGGGCCGGGCCGGGCGGGCGACCGUGAACACCCUGCAGGGCCACGGGGCCCCCGUGCUCGCCGUGGCCUUCAACUGCGACGAGUCCCUGCUGGCCUCGGGCGACGCCGCGGGCACCGUCAUCGUCUGGAGACGCCAGCACGUCUGAGCCCCCCAAAAACACCCCUGGGAUCCAUAAAACCCACCCUGGGAUCCAUAAAACCCCACCCAAACCAA